AUGUGGGCUGUACUAUUCACCUGCAUGAGCACCCAUGCCGUGCACAUAGAGCUCAUCGAGGCAAUGGAUAGAUCCAGUUUCCUAAAUGCACUGUGGCUAUUCUUUGCUCUGCAAGGACCUGUUAAGCAAAUCCGUUCCAACUGUGGAACCAAUUUUACAGGCACCUGCAAGGAAUUGCAUAUAUUUCUCACUGAUCCUAAAGACACCAAUGUCAGGAAGUACUUGGGUGAAGAAGGGUACUUUUGGAUCUUCAAGCCUCCUCAUUCCUCCCACACGGAGCGAAUGAUUGGCAUCUCUACACGCAUACUCAAUUCCAUGCUCAAGCAAAUCAGCCGCCUCACUCAUAAGGUGUUGUCUACCUUAAUGGCAAAGUUUAACCACAAUUUACCAGAGAAGAUUGCGGCGUACCAGGAUGGUGUAUCAGAGGGCCAGCUGAAGAUGGUGGAGCUCUAUGAGAUUCCACAGCCGCUGACAUUUUUUCAGACCUAUGAGCCUAAAAUGGCCUUCGUUGUUGUUCAAAAAAGCACUGGCAUCAUCCUCUACUCAUUGGCUGCAGACUGCUUUAUCACUACUGGAACUGUUUUGUAUCAGACACUGACCCAAAGACACUGGGUGGACUUCUACCUGAGGGCACUUCACAUUCGCCAGGGCUGUGGCCUUCCUACACGCUACAUCUCGGUCUAUAACAUGGCAAACCUUGCACCAGACCAUGUGCAAAGGCUGACUUUCAAGUUGUGCCACUUGUACUGGAACUCGCCUGGCACCAUUGGUGUUCCAUCACCAUGCAAAUAUGCCCAUAAACUAGCGUUUCUCUCUGUCCAGUAUCUGCAUGCUGAGUCAGCCAUCCAGCUUUCAUACAAAUUACACUUUCUGUAA